UGCAGGACUAAAAAGUCUAAGUGUCAGUUCAGAAGGAACAGUGUUGUUUCAAAACUUCCUAUCUUUAGGGAAUAUAAAAAUAGUGUAGUGGAGAAGCGAACGUAAGUUCAAAACCGACUUAACGGAUAUAAGAUCAGUUUUCUCGAAGUGACCGCACGAAAGCUGACGGAGCAUCGUUCAUCGCGAACACCUGUACUACCGGGAGACCGCUGCGGAGGGAAUAUCCAGCAGUUUGUGUGGAACAGAGCGAAGGAAGGCCCACUCACCGAACCUCAACAAAAAAAAAAACAAACCAUCAACACGAUUAGGCUCCGGGAGAUGUUCAUCAUACUCUCACUCAUACACCUGAUUUCGGCGACAGUUUACCAUGACGUAUCUACAAAAAAUGGACUCUUGACUAUGAAAUUGGACACGGUUCGGAUUAAAACAGGGUACGAACGCCUUAUGCAUAAAGUAAAUCUAGAGGAAAUAAGACAAAAUAUCCACUAUAUAGAAAGCUUAGCAAAUACUUUAAACAUAACCGAUCACUUAGAACAAACUUUACAAUUUAAAAUUAGGAAAGCUUACGGAAAACUGGCAGGAUUUUAUCCAAAACGAUCUAAGAGAGGGCUUGUCAACGCAUUAGGAAAAGUUAUAAAAUUUAUAGCAGGAAACCCCGACCAGGAAGAUUUAGAUCUUAUUAAUCAAAACUUAGAAACCAUGGAAGGAAAUAGCAACAAAAUUCUAGAUAACCAAAUAAAACAAGUCAAGAUUAAUAAUCUUUUACAAUCAACCAUUAACAAAGUUUCGAAAACCCUCAGAUUAAUCAAAGAGCAAAUACAGCUUCAAAAUAUUGAAUUUAGAAAAGACCUCGAGUUCAUAAACCUAAUUCUGAACAUAGACAUUCUGAUAAAAACCUUAGAAGACCUUGAAGAACAGAUUGCCUUCUCUAAAUCAAAUCACCUAAACAAAAAUAUUCUCAGCACAGAUGAAAAAGAUUAUAUUUGGAAUUUUCUCGUAGAACAACAGAUAACUGUAAAAUUUGAGGAUGAAAUUUAUAAGUUUGUGCAAUCCAUUGUAUCUUUGCAAAACAAUCAUGUUAUUAUAAUUGUAAAACUUCCAAUCGUCGAAUCGAGAGAGUAUGGCUUGAUGCAACUAGAACCCGUCAACGUAAACGGAACUAGAAUCAACACAAGUAUCCGCUAUGUGGCUAACCACCAACGAACAUUUUAUGAACAGAAAGAGAGGUGCUUCAUUUGCAACAAUAACAUUCCGGUCAAUGAUGAGUGUAUCUUCAACAUCCUAACCAACCAGAAAGCUAAAUGUCCAAUGAGUAAACAACCAGAUGAACCAAUUAUCAAAGAGGUCAACACUGGAACCAUUCUUGUCGACACCUAUAAAGCAAUACACGUAUUCGAUUCAUGUGGAGCAUCACGAAUUAUCUCGGUACCUACUGUUAUUGAAACAGGUAAUUGUACAGUCACGGUGCAGAAUCUCACGUUCAAAAGCCAUAUGAACAUGAUAAACCAACAUGAGUAUCUCACACCCAUCUUCGGUAAGGAGAUCGAAGUCAUCAAACAGAAAGUAGACAUUGAAGAAAUACAGCAGUUAAACUUCAAUAACUUACAAGAAAUUCAACGACUAAGACUACAUAUGAUCAGCUCCCAGACACUUGGUGGAACAGCAAUUGCCUCCAUCAUCCUUUUACCACUAAUCAUUUUCUGUAUUCAUAGAUACAAAACCAAGGUUAAUAACCAGCCUCAUCAAAACCAGAAGGAAAACAUAGUCACCUUACAGAUCUCCGACAGGAAAAGCAAAACCAGCCCAUUGGAAAGCAGUCAGAAAAUAACACCAAUCAACCCCCCGACAGAUGAAGUCACCUUUCUGGCAAAAUCGAUCAUUCCAGAACCCAGAUUCGUCCUUACGAAAGGAUCAAAUAGGUCAACCGAGGACGCUCGACACUAA